UACUUCUCUACGUACCCUCGUCCUAUCUCAUUCUCUCAGAUCCCUUAGCUUGCAUCACCAACACAUUCCAUAGCUAAUAUCCUAAUAUGAUGGAGUACUCACACAAGCAACUGUUUUCUCUUUUCACUCUUUCCCUUGCACUAUUUGUACUUCUUCUCUCAGGACAAACGGUGGGGAUCCAAGCUGAGGCUCGCGUACACCGUCAUCAUCACUACGAAAAAUUGUUCGUUUUCAGGGACUCCUACGUUGACACUGGCAACUCGAGAAAAAAUAUAUCUAAUUCCUGGAAAAUCCCUUACGGCAUGACUUUUCCCAAAAAACCUGUCGGACGAUGGUCCGACGGUCGAGUUCUAACUGAUUAUGUUGGGAAAAUGGGGAUCCAAGCUGAGGCUCGCGUGCACCGCCAUCAUCACUACGAAAAAUUGUUCAUUUUUGGGGACUCUUAUGUUGACACCGGCAACUCGAGAAAAGAUAUUUCUAAUUCCUGGAAAGUCCCUUAUGGCAUGACUUUUCCCCAAAAACCUGCCGGACGAUGGUCCGACGGUCGAGUUCUAACUGAUUACGUCGCCCAGUUUUUGGGACUGAAAUCGCCACUCCCCUACGAGUUCAGGAAAGAGGCGCCACCUCAGUAUUUGAAGUAUGGGAUGAACUUUGCCUAUGGUGGUUCAGGAGUGUUUAAAACAUUAGCUCCAUACCCAAAUAUGACUACCCAGAUCAAUUUCUUAGAGCAACUCAUUGAAGAAAAAGUGUUUACUCUCUCAGAUCUCAGCAAAUCUGUGGCCCUAGUCUCUGUUGCUGGAAAUGACUACAGAUAUUACUUGGCUAAUAAUGGCACUGCCGAGGGUAUUCCUUCCUUCAUAGCCUCAGUGGUUAAUCAAACCAUCAUCAAUUUAAUUCGCCUCCAAAAGUUAGGAGUGAAGAAAAUUGUCGUGGAUGCUCUUCAACCCCUUGGCUGCCUUCCCGAAGUAACUGUUGCAAACUCAUUCCAGCAUUGCAAUAGCACUGCCAACAACCUCGCCGUUUUCAGCAACAACUUGUUGAACCAAUCUGUGACCAAGUUGAAUCAAGAAGCCAAGGACCACUCCACCUUUGUAAUUCUUGAUCUUUACAAGAGUUUCUUGUCAGUGCUUAACAACCCACCAGCUAGCAAUACUACAAAUCUGUUAAAGCUAUGUUGUGCCGGAGUGAGCAGUGAAUAUUUUUGCUCGAAUGUGGAUGAGAACAACGUGAAGAAAUAUGUGGUUUGUGAAAAUGUUCAAGCGGCUUUCUUUUGGGAUACAUUUCACCCAACACAAGCAGGUUGGAAGGCGGUGUAUAACAAUCUACAAACAAAUGAUCUUCGUCGACUUAAAUACUAGUUCAACCUCUCUCUUUUUGUUUAAUAAUGCGUAGCAUCUCUUCUUAGAUGUUUUGAGUUUUAUUUGAAUUCUCAAUGCUUUCAUUUCUAUGCUUGCGAUGUUCAAAUUGAUUGUUAUUUUAAGAAGGACAUGAUGUCUAAGAUAAUAAAUCUAUUUUGCUCGCCAUCUA